UCAGGUGAACUCCAGCUCUCUCUGCUGAUCAUCUCCAGCCUCUUCCAGCCUCCACCUCCCUCCAGCUCCUCUCCAAUUAUCCUGCAGGAGGAGGGGGGUUGCUGGCCGGGCAGACGGCUCUGUGCUUUAAACGCCUUUUCUUAGGUCCCACAAUAUGGUGUGUGCCACUAAACUCUCCUGACGGAAUUGAACGUAAUUAUCGGAUUACUGCGCUGCGGCUCUGAAGCUGGAGAUAUUUACUACCAUCCCGACGACGGAGGUGUUUUCCUGCUCUCUGCUCUCAUGUACCGGCAAGUCUUGUCGUAGUUUCUCUAAUUUUUCCCCCUCUAAACUCUCCGUUUGUGAUUCAUCCGUUAAUUAAAAGAGGUUUCUGUGCGUCGUGGAUUGGAGCGUUUUUACGCACGAGUGGAGAUGUAAAGUGGAGGUGGAUACGGUGUUAUUUCUGCAUGAACUGGACUUUUGACGAUUCCCAGAGGCUCUGAAGAGGAACCAUUUUGUCCAACGACGUGCCCCUCUUCUGUUAUGUCUGUCGCCUCUCUGCCAGAAUGGAAGCAACUCCUUCUGGAGAAGAAGAGGAGAGAGGAGGAGGAGCGAGAGAGGAGGGAAAAAGAGGAGGAGGAGAAGUUUGCCAGCAUGCCUGCCUGGAAGCGAGGGAUCAUCCAGCGCAGGAAGAUGAAGCAGGAGAGUCUGGGCGACAGGGAGAAGGACAGUAACACCUGUCUGCUGCAGGUGGACGUCAGAUCUCCUUCUGACGGUCUGAGCGACACCGACAGCUCGGUAACCGUUAAUCUGGGAAGCGAACCGUCGCUCAGUCCCGACCCGGCACUGUGGCUGGAUGCAGAGCCCAAACCGGCCAGUCAGGUGUCUGUGGAAACCAUCGUUCCAGUCCAUGAAAAUCCAUUCAUCCGCACACAGAGCGCAUGGAGGAAGGGCAGGGAUGUGGAAGUAGGGAAUGAGCCAGAAGUUAAGGAGAGGGAGAAGGAUAAAAUGAGCCCUAAAGGUCAAGACGGGGAGUCGGGGAGAGGACGAGAUAUAGAGCUGAAAAUAGAGAGGUUCAGGGAUCUGAGUGAACCACGGGAAAAAGAGAGGAGCGUUGAGAGAAGUCAAGGGAAAGAGUACAACAGGGAUGGAUGCGAGAAAGACAAAAUCCAGUGGAAGGAGUCAGCUAAGGAGCAGGAAUUCCUCAAAGUAAAACUAGACGCCGAGGACAAAGAUGAUCAUCCACCAUCUGGUUCGUUUCCUCCCUGUCUGCGGACUAUCCGAGCCGACAACAUCAUCAUCAUCGAGCAGGACAGGAAAGGCAGCGAUGAGAGGAGGGGGAGAUGGAGGGAGGUGGAGAGGGAGAGGCCUGAGGAGGAGAACCAGGGGAAGAGGGGGAUGAAGAUGGACCUGAGGGAGAUCCUGGCCGGGGGAGGCAGCGUCACUGAGAUUAGAGCCUCCGAGGUGCUGAUCAUAAAGCCCUCGGCGAGCCCUGAAGAGAAGAAUACAGGAGGGAAGGUGAGAGAGGAUGGAGAGGUGAAAGGAAACGUGGAUAUAAGAAGGGAGAGUGUUGGCAGAGAGCUGAGGACAGAUAUGUCCUGGCUGAGGGAGAAAGAGACUGUUAAGGAGAAGGAGAAGCCGUGGGGUCAGGCGACGGUUAUCAAUAAAGACGACAGGAAGGAUAGCUUGGACGAUAGUGUGUUUGUGGAGAGAGGAGGGAGGGUCAGCCAGCUGCUCAGCAGAUUCGGAGAGCACCCCAAGCCUCCGUCUCGAUCCAAAAGCUCUGAUAAUUUCCUCCAACCGGGGAGGAGAAAAUACUCAGAAGAUCAGGAUGACCAACAAUCAGAGGAGAGGAAGGCGGAUGCGAAGGAUUUGCUGUUUAAAGGCGUCCCGAAACGCUCGUUCAGCUUCUCCGAUCGAGUCAUCUGCGCCAAGGAGAACGGGUUAGGAGACGAAGGAUAUUUUGAGAGGAAAAUACGUGAGAGGAUUCAUUCAGACAGGAGUGUGGCACCAUGGGGAGACGUGGCAGGUUUAGGGAAGGAAAACAAGAUCAAAAUGGGGUGCGCACGACUUUUAGACAAAGAUCGGUUUGGAAAGUACAGAGACGGACGCGUUAAAGCUGACAGUGAAGUUAGGAAAGUCGAACCCGUUGACAAGAGGGCUGCGGAGAAGGUAGUCGAUGCAGACGGAGAUAAAGGGUUCACGGUGGCAUCGGUUAAAAACACAGAGGGAAUAUCGUUCGCUAGAAGAGUCCCGAUCAGGCAGGAUGGAAAAGCAAGAGCUGAAAGAGACGUCAAGCGACUGAUAAGUGAGAAAAGCUCGGAAAAGGAGGCGAGCAUCGAUAAAGAAUCCGAGACAGGAGGACUGAUUGAGGCGCAAGGUUGCAGCAAAACCGAUUUACCAAGAGAGGACGGAUUCGAAAUCCCUCCAGAAUCUAGUCGCGACAUCUCUGCCUCUGAAGACCCGCUCAGUCCGAGUCACCACAGACAUGAUUCAGCUUUCAAAGAGUGUAGUCAGAGUCUACAUAAGGAGUGGAGCGGUACCGGACCACAAGGACCUUACCUGACACACUCUGUUUUGUCCCAACAUACAGAGGAUCUUAUUAGUAAAAUAGAAAAAAUAGGAGACACGACUGUUUACAGCAAUGACCGAGGAGAAAGGGGUUAUAAGGCUGCUCAAGAAGUGACUAAAGAGACCAUACAGGAGGCACAAACAAGAGCUGAUGUUGGAUCAGAGAGCCUCGGUCAUGAUAUAACCCCCAGAUCCCCAAAAAGGAUCGCGCCCAUGGGGAUGUCUACGGGCCCUCUGGAGAUUCAGAUCCCCAGGACUGUGUUUUACGUUGCAGAAGAAAUGGUGGACAGAAAAACAGGUCAAAGUGGCGAGGGGCAAGACUGGGAAGAAGGCCGAGGGGUUGAGAGGAGGGACAGCUGGAGGAUCGGGAAGCCGCUGAGUCGCAUCGAGUCGUUGCGAGAGAAGAUCCGGCAGAGAGAGCUGGAGAGGCAGCGGCAGAGAGACGCUCAGGACGGAGGUGAAGCUGCAGAGAUAAAUGACGCUCAGGAGGCCGAGGACAGGUAUGAAGAGAGGGGAAGCGAAACAGAGAAAGAGUGGGAAGCUGCAGCUCAUGUGCAGAGGAGACAGGUCGAAGCAGAGAGAGGACAGGAAGACGCAGUAGAGCAGACAGUCGCGGCUGACGUCAAACGGGAAGUCGGCGUGUUGAAAACCUGCCCUCAACUUCCUGCUUCACAAGCUGUCGGGGCAGAGGAAGUGAACGCUGCCUCUGAAACUACUGCUGAUAGCUUCCAGAUAUCCGACGAUGAAGACGACCCCCUGAAACAUGUAGAAGAGCAGCUGAGACGCCACAGAGGCCGACACGAGAGCAGAGAAGAACAUCAGGCUGAAGAAGAAGAAGAAGAAGAAGAGAAAGAGCUCUCUGAGGAGGAGGUCGAGGGGUUUACAUCGCCUCUGGAUAAAUCUCUCUCCCCUUCACCACCUCAUCCCAACUCCCUCGCAGCCAUGAGUCGGAUCUACAACCUGGAAAAGGUGGGUUCAAGGUCGGGUUUGUGCGUGAGAGAAAGGACGGUGGAAAUCGCGUCAUCGGUGCACCUUGUCAAAGUGAAGCCGCUCGUGUCAAACUCGCAGCAGGGAGACGGCAAAAGUGAAGACAUUUGCGGGGUUCAGUCGAUACAGCGGCAGAUAGAACAGUUUCAGUUAAAGGAGCAGGAAGUGUUGAAGGCUUCACCAAAUGCUCCCCUAAAGGACACAAAGCUGCAGCAAAGCCCCAAGAGAGUGUUCAAGCAGCAGGUAAAAGACGAUCUCAAAGCCCAGGAGAAAGAUCAAGAAGCACCAGGACUGAACCCCAAAGUGUCUCCGUCUCAGAAUAAGCAAACUAUCACCAUCAAUCCGUCGCUGCUCAGGAGCCAGUCCCCGGUUAAUACCCUGAAACCUGCAGAAUCCACACCGACCCCCGCCUCCUCCCCGAGUUCUCCAUCUCCUGCCCAAUCCCCCAGCAUCUCUCCAUCACCCAGCCCAUCGCCAACGCUCUUCUCCAUCAGGAGCGCAUCUGGAGGUCAAGUGAAGAGAGGCGCCACCAUCACCAUCACCCCGAAGAAGCCUGUCGGAGGAGGAGGAGGAGGAGUGACGGGGUCAGUGGUGCGACCCACAACAGCAGGAUUGACCUCCGUAAAGACCCCGGUGCAGCAGACGACCACCGCUGUCGUCGAACCGGCGAAGAAGAAGUACCCGACAGUGGAGGAGAUUGAGGUGAUUGGCGGAUAUCAGAAUCUGGAGAAGUCCUGUCUGAUCAAGAACAGAGGGACUCCCAAAAGGGGGAAGGUGUGUUUCGACGAGGACCAGCUGGAGCAGGUCUGUGAAUAUCCGUCAGAGACCUUCAUGCUGACGUUCACCUCCUUCCCCCACGAGCUGGGAAGGAUGGAGAAGCUGCAGGGGGAGGAUGUUCAGGAGGAGGAAGGCGAGGUGGAGGCGGGACCGGUGGUGUUGAAGAGCACGAGGAGCACCGGGAUCACAACGGGGCCACGUCUAAGAGUGGAUGAGUCUUGCCCUCGGUAGAAGCCAGUCACCUUCGCCAAAAUUGCCCAUGUGAUGAGGUCACCAGCCGUUUUACUGAACAAUGUUGUGAUUUUUAUUGUGUUUUUGAUUCAUUUGGUGUUUGUUAAUCCUCGUGGUGUCUUGUUUUAUCUAGGAUGAAUGAGGUGUACAGUCCAGGUGUGGUUUAUGCUGUUCAUUAAAGGGAUGUGUGUUUACUGGGAGGAAAAUAGUUUAUUUUCAGGGAAUACGAGGGACAAAUGUGAAUGUACAAGCAAGUCUGGUACGUGUGUUAAACAACCCUCAGGUUUGCACUGCAGGGCGACGAAGGAUCACUUGUCUAUGCAAUAUAAUGAAACAGAUAAGAUUUUAUUUUUUAGUUAAUAUAUUUUAAGAUAGUUUCUUCUAUGUCGUCGUCUUUCUAAAUUGAAGUCAGCACUGCCUCGGCACAGGAGGAAGACUCGGUGAUGUUUAUAUCGUCUGGUUUCAUGUGCCUGCUGGAUUUGCCCAUACCGAUGAUAUAAACAUCAGUUAAUGAUAUUUAGUCUGAAGCCUUUCAGCCUCUCAGCGAGCGUUGUGGUGCAUGAACGGGUUCUGGUGCAAUGUGUGAGGUGAUUUUCUCGUUGAAGCCUUACUGUUCACAGAAACAACUCCGGUAACAGUUCAGCUAACAGAUUUAGACAAAGGUUUCAUUUUGUUUGACUCAGCAGAAGAUUUUAUGACACAAACAACUAAAUUAACACAUUAACUUCAUCAUAUUACAGCUGAUAUCAGACUUUUGGCUGUGCUACAUUUGUAAUGUUAUAUAUUUGCAGAUUUUCCUGUUUGUACGUGAAUAUUUUAAUUGGUGAAAGAAGAUGCAAAUUCUGUGAAAAUAAUUUUUCUAUGACAGUUGAAGAAGCUGGCUUCAAGAGAAACAAAUCCAAUAAAUAUUUCUGAAAGCA